CGUCCGCCCGUCUUCCUUCAGUUUCAAGUUCGCCGCUUACAGCUCACUUGCAAGUAGAAUUUGCUGCAGUGUGUGUGACAUUUCAGUUAUACAGACACCAAUCAUUCGUUUUUGUUGAACGUGAAGACACUUUUUAUAGAUAAUACUAAGAAGGAUAUCCGUAAGGAUGACAGCGCUUCGGAAGGCUGCUCUUCUUGUCUUCGUCAGCCUCCUUUCGUGUUGCGUCCCUGAGGAAGCCUCGUGUCCUGCAGGACUCUGCACUUGCAAGCUCUUCGACAUCGACGGCGUCCCUCGGCUGCUGUCAUAUUGCACUAACGCAUCUCUUCACGAUGUUCCCCGUGGACUUGAUAACAGGACCACCGAUCUCGACUUAUCUGACAAUAAUCUCACACGACUCGAAAACCGAACGUUCAGCAAAAGAGGAACCCUCCAUCUGGCCAGAGUGUUUGUAAAUCGUAAUCACAUAGCAAGCAUGGACUCUGGUACCUUCAGGGAACUGACAUCACUCUCGGAGCUUCACUUGGAAAGUAACGUAAUAACCUCAAUAUUACCUGGUAUGUUUGGGGGUAACCCAGAACUCGUAAUCUUGAAUUUACGAAAGAACAGAUUGGCAUCUGUCCCUGUGGACAUUAUUACGCUCAAGAACCAUAUUCGAGAAUUGGAUAUUGGCGACAAUAACAUUAAGAAAGUGGACACAUAUUUGGUUCAAAGGUAUUAUCCGAAACUUCGGAGACUGGAUGUUAGUAGAAAUCGAAUCAGUCGCAUUUUCUCGACAUCUCCAGUAGAUAGCUCGACCCUUGAAGUUAUAGACGCAAGUUUCAACUAUAUUUCGGAAUUAGAUCCCAGUGCAUUAUCCAGUGUUUCAAACCUGAAGGAACUAAACGUGAGUAAUAAUAAAAUAAGCAAUCUGAGUCAAGAUAUAUUUGCUAAUAAUCCAGAGCUUGUAAAGCUGGAUGUCAGUAAUAAUCAUAUUGUCACCAUACAUCGGGACGCUUUCAGAAGGAAUCCAAAAAUCACAGAAAUAUAUGCAGGUUCUAAUGGUAUGACAUAUCUUCAUCCCGCUACAUUCAGUGGAAAUCCUCAGCUUACGAAAGUCACUGUCAGUUGGAACAAAAUUCAGGAUAUUAGUCCACAGACCUUUUAUAAUAACCCCAACCUCGAAUAUUUGGAUUUUAACAAUAAUAAACUCAAGGCAUUGAAUCCUGGUAUCUUCCAAAAUAACCCGAGUCUGAAAUCUGUUGACCUGAGCAGUAAUUCCCUAGUCACCAUCCACGAUACAACUUUUCAUCAUAACCCCAAGCUUGAACACCUUUUCCUCAGCAGGAACGAGCAUAUUCGUCUUCACAACGGAUUAAUAAUUCUUGCUUCUUCCUUGAAAGUAUUCGAUGCCCGUCAUUGCAAUCUGAGUUCCUUGCCUGCUAAUUUUUUCAAGAAUUCAACAGCCCUCCGCCAACUGCUUCUAGGCGGAAACAAUUUGACUUCUUUAGAUUGCGUUUCAAACAAUAACGAUGAUGACUACGUGGAUACGUUGACAAAAUUGCAAGUCAUAGACGUGUCUCAUAACCAGUUACAAACAAUUAAUGUCGAAGUAUUGAAGAAUAAAAUGACACAACUAGAAUCGCUUCGCAUUGAAGGUAACCCAUUUCUGUGUGACUGUAAGCUGCGAGAAGCUUGGCUGUGGUCCCAAAAAAUGGGUAUAAUCCCACCACAGCCUCAGAUUACGUGCACAGAUAUGCAAUGGAGAUCUGUUCCAUGGGAUGACGUGCAGGAUUUGAAUUGCAGCGAUGAAUCACUUACAGAAGAAUCAACUUCCGCAGUAACAGGCACGCACACCAUAAAUACAAGUGCCGUGCCGUAUCAUUUGAAUUCUAGCCAUGAAUCACGAACAAAAGAAUCAACAACAGUAAGAAUGACUCUUACAGGAGAAUCAACUUCCACAGUAACAGGCACGGAUAGCAAUUUAAAUAAUAAACCGCAGUAUGUUGACUGGCAAAAGAGUAGUGAUAUUUCGAAGAUUGUUUUACAAGUGGAAAAACAUGAUAAUUCGGCUCAUAAAGAGCGUAGCAAUAAGAUUCUAUUUACUUCGCUCUUCGUAGCGCUGGGUAUUAUACUUGUUAUGCUUCUGGCGGUGUUCCUGAUGAGAAAAAGGUGUGGGAAAUAUAAAGUAUCCAAGACCACUAAUGGCAUGAAAAGCAAUAAUUCCCCUUCUAGCCUCCAAGUCAGUGGUGCCCCAGCAUUGUAGCUUGAGUGGCGGAUAGGUCGACGUGUAUGGUAAACGGAUACAUAGAUUUGGAGUCGCCGUACAGUAAACUUGAUUAAGCAUCAUAAUGUAAGUAAAGCUAUCCCCGUAACAGGCCAUGAAGGCCCAUAGGGUUGUGAGACGUUGAGGGUCCCACAUUAUCUA